AAGGCCCUUGCUUAAGACCAACCACCAAUUCUUCCCGCUGAUUACCCGUCCAUUCCUUGGCAUACAAAAUGGCUGAUCAACUGUCCGAAGAGCAAAUCUCUGAGUUCAAGGAGGCCUUUUCAUUAUUCGACAAGGACGGCGAUGGCACCAUCACGACCAAGGAGCUCGGCACCGUCAUGCGCUCGCUGGGCCAGAACCCGACGGAGGCGGAGCUGCAGGACAUGAUCAACGAGGUCGACGCGGACGGCAACGGCACGAUCGACUUCCCCGAGUUCCUCACGAUGAUGGCCCGCAAGAUGCGCGACACCGACAGCGAGGAGGAGAUCAAGGAGGCGUUCAAGGUGUUCGACAAGGACGGGAACGGGUACAUCAGCGCCGCGGAGCUCAGGCAUGUCAUGACGAACCUGGGUGAGAAGCUGUCCGACACUGAGGUCGACGAGAUGAUCCGCGAAGCGGACGUCGACGGCGAUGGUCAGAUUAACUAUGAGGAAUUCGUCAAGAUGAUGCUCUCCAAGUAAUCGUACUACGUUCGCCGUUUUCCUCUCCGUUCUUCGACUUCUCUCUUCCUGCAUUAUCUAUGCCUCGAACCAAUGUGUAACGAUUAGCGAAGGAACAUUGAACUGGAAUAUAUAUGCCAUGGGUCCCAUGGUUUAAUCGUU